ACAAGUGAUCCCCACUAUGGAAGAUGCCAGUGCGCCUCGUUUGAUUGAUACGGCAUUUCAUUAACAACGUUUUGCACAUUGUUCUCCGCCAUUUGAUACUGAUUUCAGUGGGAGCGUUAGUCGUACUUGGACUGUCGUUAAUUGUGCACGCGCGGUUCGUAGUGCUUUUCCCCCCAAUCGCGAAAUAUUUUGAUAAGACAGAUGGCACCGAAAGUACCCACCGUUCGGCUAAAUAACGGCCUCGAGAUGCCCGUGCUAGGGCUUGGCACGUACAUGGUAAGAAGCACGGGCAACAAGGCGUCGGUGAAGAUGGCGAUUGAUGAAGGUUAUCGGCACAUCGAUACGGCUUAUUUCUACCAGAACGAAAGUCAGGUGGGCAAAGCCGUCCGGGAUAAAAUCGCUGAGGGUGUCAUCAAGCGGGAGGAUGUUUUCAUCGUCACGAAGGUAUGGAACACCUACCAUGCUCCGGAACACGUAGAGCAGGCAUUCCAGAAAUCGCUCGACAACCUCGGUCUGGAUUACAUCGAUCUGUACCUUGUGCAUUGGCCGACGGGUUGGAAGUUUUCCGGCUGGACACCGGACGAUUUCCUGCCCAUGGAUGCCGAGGGUAAAACGAUCAACUCGGACGUGGAUUAUCUCGACACCUGGAAAGCGAUGGAAAAGCUGAUGAAAACGGGCAAAGUAAAGAGCAUCGGUGUGUCGAACUUUAACAGCGAGCAGAUGACCCGCCUGCUGGCCAACUGUACGAUCAAACCGGUGACCAAUCAGGUCGAGUGUAACCCGGGCAUCAAUCAGCGGAAGUUGAUCGAUUUCUGCCGCAAGCAUGACAUCGUCAUAACGGCCUACAGUCCACUGGGACGGCCGAACCUGACCGACCCGGUAGUGGGUACGGAAGGCAUUCCGAAGCACGCCCUCGAUGAUCCGCGCGUGGUGGAGAUCGGAAAAAGGUACGGCAAAAGUUCGGGUCAGGUGGUGCUGCGUUAUCUGAUCGAGCUGGGUACGAUUCCGAUCCCGAAAUCAUCCCGUCUCGAGCGUAUCCGGCAGAAUAUCGACUUGUUUGACUUUAAGUUGACCCCGGAGGAAAUCAAAGUGAUGGACGGAUUCAAUACCGGAGGCCGGACGGUACCGUUUAACUUUAGUCGCGAACAUAAGUACUUCCCGUUCAACCUGGAGUACUGAUAAGGGUGAAUGAGAUUUGGCUGAAAAAAAAAAUGCAAAUCAUCGAGAUCAUGAUGUAAAAAAAUGGUCAUCAAAUGGUAAUAAAU